UCACUUUCUGCUCUAGUGCUCCACAGCUAUAUAUGUAUGCUCCCCACCACUGAGAAAGAUUCCCCACACAACUCUACUACUUAAUUACUUAUGACCACUUUCAUAAUAAUCACACUAUAUAAAUACUACCCACCCACAACCCCAUAAAUUAACAACAUUAAUAAUAACAUAUCAUCAUCUUCUUCUUCUUCUCAAUACCAAAAUUACACUCUUUCAAAAAUGUUAUUAUUUGUCUUGAUUAUUACUAUUAUUAGUUCUUCAUUGAAUACUAAUAUUAAUGUAGUUGGUGCUAGUAACAACUUUUAUGAAGAUGUAGACAUUACUUGGGGUGAUGGGCGUGCAAAGAUACUAAACCGAGGCAAAGUUGUUACUCUAUCACUUGACCAAAUUUCAGGCUCAGGUCUUCAAUCCAAGAAUCAAUUCCUUUAUGGCAAAUUCGAUAUGAAGCUCAAGCUUGUUCCUGGUAACUCUGCAGGUGUCGUCACUGCUUAUUAUUUAAGGUCAGAAGGGUCAACAUGGGAUGAAUUGGACUUUGAGUUCUUGGGGAAUCUAAGUGGUGAGCCUUACAUAGUACACACUAAUGUUUAUAGUCAAGGAAAAGGUGAUAGAGAGAUGCAAUUCUAUCUAUGGUUUGAUCCCACAGCUAAGUUCCAUACAUAUUCCAUUCUUUGGAACCCAUCUCAUGUUGUAUUUUCAAUUGAUGGUAAACCUAUUAGAGAGUUCAAAAACUUGGAGGGUUUAGGUGUUGUUGGGUACCCAAAGAGCCAACCAAUGAGAAUGUACUCAAGCCUUUGGAAUGCUGAAGAUUGGGCCACAAGAGGUGGGCUUGUGAAGACUAAUUGGACCGAAGGCCCAUUUGUUGCAACAUUGAGAGAGUUUAAAGUUGAUGGCUGUGUUUGGUCCAAUGGAGUUUCUUCAUGCAAUAAUUCUAGUUCUAGUUCCAAGAAUAAUGAAUGGGUUUCUGAAGAGCUUGAUUUGAGUAGCAAAAAGAGACUGAAAUGGGUUCAGAAUAAUUACAUGGUUUAUAAUUACUGUGCUGACAUUAAACGCUUUCCUCAGGGCCUUCCUUCAGAAUGCACUGUCACCAUUAAGUGAAUAUUAAUUAAUUGUAAAUUAUGAUUAAAUAAAUAAAUAAAGAUGGUUAUAUCCUUUUUUUUUUGUUAGAAAUAUCAGAUACUUCAAGAAUUUCAUGUGGUAUACACUUUUUUACAUUAUAUAUCUUUAUAUAUUAAAAGUGUCUAUCUAACGGCAUUUCUUGAUUUAACGAUUUUUUUAACGAUUGUAUUUUUUUUUUAACGGAAGUUUACGGCAAACGUUAACUAUUGUAUAACUAUUUUCCGAUUUUUCUCUUAUCCCUUCCCAGAAGGACUAUCAAAAGGUGUGAUUCCCCAUUCUAUAACCAUUUUUCACUUUUUCUCUUAAUUUCUUAUCAAUUUCAAUUCCAGAAGGACUAUGAAUUGGGUUAAUUGCGAUUCCAAAAUUCUUCAUCCCCUUUCUUCAUUCGAAUGAUUCUUUCCAACUGUAACAAUGGGUGUGCGAUAAACAAAUUAGAAUUGUGAUUCUUCAUCCCCAUUUUCGUAGACCUAGCUAUCAUUCACUCUCUCUCCCAAUUUUUUCUCUAAAUCGCACUCCCACCGACUGUUAGCAGUGAGAAAUCUUAGGACCAGCAACAAUCACUUCAUCAUUUUUGUUACCAAUCUCUUAAGUUGGGUGGUGGUGGGGUAAGUACGAACUUCAUCACAAUUCAUCUAACCUCUUUAUAAAUAAAGUUGUUGUAGUCAUAUAAACAUGAAUUUUAUCAUGUUCUUGAUUCAUGAAUUGACAUAUAUAAACUAUUUUCAAUCCCUGAAUGAAAUCAAAGACAUGAAUUCAAAUACCAUUCUCUACCAUUAUUGAUCCUCUUUUAUUGUAAUUAAUUCUUCUUACUUCUCUGCGAUUUGUGGGUGAAGAGAUCGACAAACCAAAUCUGGGUGUUGAGAUACGGUACGACAUGGAAGGGGGAGAGGAUACCGUUCCAAGAUUGGGUCAAUGUGGUGGCUUACGUUAGGGUUAAAUGACGUGAAUGAUUCUGAAAUUCUUCUUCCUCUUCCGCCACUACAAUCGGCUUGCAACAAUGACUACAACUCGAUGGCUGUUUGAUAAUUCAUGGCAGAGAUGGUGAGAUUUUGUGAUUUGCCGAGUGAAGUUGUGGAAAAAUCAUGUUGUGGGUACUUGCAAUAGAGCUCAUUUCUCAAGAUACCCUCCAAUGAAGGUACUACUAAUGACACAGCAAAGUGGACCUCCUGGCCUUACUAAUCACAUUUAGAACCAGUUUUUAUACUCCCUUGUUUUCUUGUUAAAUUACUACCUUUACCUUACUUUGAAAUUGUUUAUUAUAUAUUGUUGUAACAUUAAUAUGACUACUAUAUAGCAAUAAGUUGCAAAUGCUGAGGCAAAGGUAUUACUGUGCAA